CCGCGCCGUAGAGGUCUAGCGGCAGCCCUACCUAUCCCUAAGCAUCUUUAUUCAGAUCCAUCAUGACUUCCACAAUAAUCACGGCUACCUGAACGCGCCAGCACUGAUCCCCCGCCGCCUCGACCGCACUUCACACAUCUCCACACGCUCGCCGCUGCGAUGCCUGCGCAGACAGAAAAGAGCCAACUCAAGCGAGGCCGCCCAUCCCAGGGCGAGCAAGUUGAGCCAAAGAGAGUCCGGGGCCAGCGUCAGCUCUCGCCUGGAGAUCCGCACCGUCAUAUUAAGCAAGGGCAGCUGCCUUCGCCCAUCACCCACAAGGAAUCCACCGGAACCACAGAGGACGAGCACAAGGAAAGUACCGUUACACCGCCCCCACAGAGCCAGGCCAAGUUCUCUCAAGCGCGAAACGGCUUGUCCUCGCCUCCAUCAGACAAGCAGUCAGACACACAAGCAUUCACGCAGUCACAGUUCGUCUACUCGCCGCAAGCACGAUCGUAUGCAGUCGAAGACGAGGAGGGCGAGCAAGUAUGGGGCUAUCUUGUGCCUCUCGAUGACCAAUCUGGCGACGUCAUGGUACUGAGGCGGCGAGAGGCCUGUCCAGUGCCAGAAAACAUGAUUGGGCCGAAGACGGGCACUGAGAAGGUUUCAAAGCACGAGUAUGAGAAGCAGGAAGAGAACUACGAAGAAGAGAAAGCGGAGAAGGGCGUUGCUGCCGGCGGCUAUCUGAUUGGACGACAUCGCGAGUGUGAUCGUCAAUUGAAGUCGAACACCGUCUCCAACCGACAUUGUCUUAUCUUCACCGAGAAGAAGGGCGGCGAUCUAGUUGCUGUAGUCGAAGACCUGUCUGGCAACGGCACAUUUGUCAACGACUCGCUAGUUGGUCGAAACAAGCGCCGCGAACUGAAGGAAGGCGACGAGCUCGCGAUCCUGGAAGAGGCCCGAUUUGUCUUCAGAUACCCGCUCAAGCGCACCACACAUCGAUUUCACCAGCAGUACCAGCUUCAAGAGCAACUUGGCAAGGGUCACUUCGCGUCCGUAUACCUAUGUGUCGAGAAAUGCACUGGCAUGCGACAUGCAGUCAAGAAGUUCGAAAAGCGUACUGGCCCGGGCGAAAAGUCAAAGGUCGAGGGGCUCCAGCAAGAGAUUGCUGUGCUCAUGGGUAUCAGCCACCCUUCUCUCUUAUGUCUCAAGGAUACAUUCGAUGAGGAUGAUGGCGUCUACCUAGUACUCGAGCUCGCGACUGAGGGGGAACUUUUCAACUGGAUCGUCAUGAAGCAGAAGUUGACGGAAGCGGAGUCGCGCAAGGUCUUCAUCCAGCUGUUCCAGGCUGUCAAGUAUCUGCAUGAGCGUAACAUUGUGCAUCGAGACAUCAAGCCGGAGAAUAUUCUCCUCACCGACAAGGAGCUACAUGUCAAGCUUGCUGACUUUGGUCUCGCCAAGAUUAUCGGCGAGGAAUCAUUCACAACUACUCUGUGCGGUACACCAUCAUACGUGGCACCCGAGAUCUUAGAAAACUCCAACCACCGUCGAUACACACGCGCCGUCGACGUUUGGUCUCUGGGUGUUGUUCUUUACAUAUGCCUGUGUGGCUUCCCGCCAUUCUCAGAUGAGCUAUACAGCUCAGAAAACCCCUACACGUUAUCCCAGCAAAUCAAGCUAGGCCGCUUCGAUUACCCUUCGCCAUAUUGGGACCCAGUCGGCGAUUCCGCACUGGAUCUCAUCGACCGUAUGCUCACAGUCGAUGUUGAAUCGCGAAUCACAAUUGACGAAUGUCUCGAGCACCCGUGGACCACACAGGGCGGCAACAUCAACCCGAAUGAUAGUACAGACGGGUUGACAGGAGCCAUUGCCAACCUCGAUUUCUCGAAGAGAAAGAUCAAGCGUGAGCGAACCCUGCUCAGCAGCAUCAACGAGAUCAGGGUCGCACGCGUGAUCCCAACAGGAGAGGGACAAGAGCCAUUGAAGGUGUACGAGAAGAAUGGCACGCAAAAAGGCGGCACGAAGCUGCUGAAGGACAAGGAUAUCAUCGAGCCACGACCUGCUGAAAAGCGAGACCCUCGAGAGUUCGUUGAGAUGGGAGGCAAAGGCGAUCAGGUACUAUUCGACGAUGUAUGAGAGAGUUUAGGUACACGAUAUGAGUGAACGCAGCAUUGGUCAGCGGAGGUGGCACAGCAAACGUGGACCGCAGGAGCAGUGGUGUACGUUCUCGAGGGCUGUGUUUUCACGUACUCUGAGCGUUCUGGUUGGCUGGCGUUACUAAAGGAUGUAAAACUAUGGGUCCGGCUGAGCGGUCAAGACGGUUUACAGCCGCAUCACAUGAGCCUAGCGGAGUAGUGAAAUAAGCUUUCGCUCAAGGUAUAGCGAACACUUUGAGAUGCUCUUUGUAGAC